AUGCUGAACCCGAUUGAGAAUGUAUUCUCUGCGUUCAAGUCUGCUGUUAAGGAUUACAUGACCGAGCACCGUGCAGACAUUCUUGCUGUCCCCGAAGGUGUCACGAUGAAGGCGCACAGACAGUUCCAUCUCGCACGCGCUGCUCGCUCGAAAUUCCCUGAGGUUGCUACACCAGGUCUGUGCGAGGCAUGCUACCGCCACACGCUCACCUUUCACGUGAAGGUCACGGACCUCGAAGACAUGCCUGUGUACUCUACAGCAUUUAUUCUAGCAGAAACCCUGCUCGACAGAGAUUCCGACGGGGGCGAAGCCUCCGAGCCACGCAAGAAGCCCCUGAACACGGCCAAGUGGCUCUUCAAUCCGAUGGAGAGCGAGGACACGGCGCCUGCUAUCGCGCAGCCUAAUGUGCAUAUUGUAGCGGCAGUAGUAGAGGGCGAAGAAAUGUCCAAGAGGCAGCUUAAGAAGCUCCGACGUGCAGAGCGAGACCCUGUCGAACGUCAGGCCAAGAAGCGGAAGGCGAAGCGAGACGCCAAGAGUGCCAAGCGCUUCCAUGCCGAGGAACCCAAAUACUCGUUUGCCAAUGGCUAUCGGAUGGUGGAGCCAUACGUGUACGAGUUUCGGACGUACGCAAAGGCAAGAUGGUUCGACCGCGAGUUGUUAGAGAUUUUCACGAAGGAAUUCGGUGCCAAUUCGCCAGACUAUUAUAAAUUCGCCAUUGCUUCGGGACGCAUCACAGUGAACAACAAAAUCGUUCUGGGAGACACCGUUAUCAAGAACGGAGACUUGAUUAUUCAUACGGCUCAUCGGCACGAGCCACCCGUGUCAGGGGAAGAAGUGCGUGUGGUGUACGAGGACGACGACUUGAUCGUCGUGUCAAAGCCUCCAUCUAUGCCUACCCAUCCAUGCGGGGCUUAUCGACACAACUCGCUGCACACAAUCCUGCAAGCGACCCGACCCGACCUUCCACAGCUGAAUAUCGUUCAUCGGCUUGAUCGGCUUACAUCUGCUGACCGCCAAGCUUCCAAGACGUACCUUGCGCGUGUGCGUGGACGAUUUCCGGAUGUCCUCAGCUCUGAAGUACAAGACAAGCUGGUGACUCAAGCAAAAGAGAUUUGCCCGGCCAGUAUCAUCACUUUUCCAGAGGAGGGUGCCGUCCUUAUCAGCUGUCCACUCCGCUGCCUGUCAGCCCGUGACGGUGUCUGGGAGUGUCACGAAGAGGGGAAACCCUCUGAGACUCUAGUGCGGCUUGUUCGUACCGACAAGUGCACCAGUCUUGUGAAAUGCAAGCCGGUCACAGGACGAACGCAUCAGAUUCGAUUGCACUUGCAGCUCAUCGGGUUUCCCAUCGCCAAUGACCCGUGCUACGGAGGAGAGCUACACUUUGGUGAGAGUGCAGAACGGGCCGAAGAGAUCGCAGCUGCUAAACGCAUUAAAGAUGAUCUUCCGCCGAAGGACCCUGUAGAUUUCUCGACUCCUCGUAAGGAGAACGAAAGCGAAGACGAAUUCAUGAAACGAACUUGCACGUGGUGCUACGUUGGCGAAGCUGAAGCGUUCAACGAAACACAGCUACAUUGCUCGAAGAUCUGGCUGCAUGCGUUAGAGUACAAGCUUGAUGGUCAAGUGUUCAAAGUGUCAGAACCAAGUUGGGCUGCUCCCUCAACGGAGUACUGA